ACAAAGAAUAUGAAGCAUUAUUAGAGUAUGAUAGUGCAGAAGAUUUUUCUGAUACGGAUAGUAUAUCUGAUGAAAUUGCGGAUAUAGAAAAGGAUACGAACCUUUUUGUUGGUAAAUCUUUUCAAAGUUGGGAUCAUGUUGCAAAGUUCAUGAAAAGGUAUGCGGCCGCUAAAGGUCAUAGGAUACGAAUUGGUGGUGGCAGAAAGAUCGAUAAAAUGACAAAUGAAAAGGGAAAGGGCUGUUUAGAAGUCACAAAAUUUAACGAUAUUCAUAUUGGGCACGAGUGUCAUCCAUCAGCAAUGAACGCAACAGUACAAUACCGAAUUAUUCGAGAAAAGUUCAAGACAAGAAUAUACCGGCCCGAUCUUUAUAACGCCAUUGAUAAAUUUCGUCGUGAAGCAACACCAGGCGAAGAGGAUACAGGUUUAUUGUUAAAGAGACUUCACGAUAAAAAAAUUGGAGAUUUACGAUGA